GUACAAUAAUUAAUGUAGUAAACCAAUACGUACUUGUAAUGAAUUCCAAAAGCGAAAUGUAUGAACGAACGACCGGAACGCUCGUUAUCGUAGAUUCACUGGCCGAGACGGUGAGACCUUUAACGAGACGAUGUCGUCUCGGGCGCGCGAUAAGGAAUAUUGAGAACUGAUUACUUGGAAAUGGGACUUCUGCGGAAAUCGCCCGUUUCGAUAACAUUAAUGUUUAUCAGAGGCAUACACCGAAUGAUCAAAAUGCUCUAAUAAAGGACCGGCGGAGGGGGUGUAAUAACGUGUGGGAAAAGUAUUUCGUUUUCGAUUUUUUUCCCGCGUAUACCAUGCUGUCGUUGAACAAACACCGCUUAUGGUCUUUGAAUGUCAUAUGGUUUUUGACUACAUGAUUAUGAACGCCUUUCGUUUUGAUCUUUUUUUUACCGUCAAUCUUAUAAGCAUAAGAUUUGGUACGUAAUGCACAAAAUUCUGUGAUUGUUUGCCCAUCUGUCUCGUGAUCUAACAGACCAGGUAUUUUCUUCCUCUCUCCGACAUAGUACAGGUGGUCUUUUGGUAAGUUAGCUGUGUCCGUGCACUCCAAAAGUUCAGGUUUACUCAGCAGGUCCAUGUAAAAAUCUUAAGUCUUGAUAUAAUAUACCAACGAACGAGUCUAGAACAAAAAAAUAAUAAAAUCAUAGUCAAGUUUUGAAACAUAUAAGAAAAAUAAUAAUAAUUUAUCUGUAUCGGUAUACAUCAAAUUGAUGUUGUCUUUGAAAUGCUUUUUCAUAACGUUGUAGUGGUAUACAUACAUUUUGGUUUUUUAAAUAUCUAGUAUAGCAAAUUCAAUGUAAAUCGGCUUACAGAAAUGUAUGAUUUUUUUUUUUCCAGAGUGAUAGCCCCUAGGUUCUCAUUGUACGUUGUACAAUGUUUGAACGUUGUAUUAUUUAUCAUUUUUUGUGCUUUGACUCAAUAUAAGUUAGACAUAGAUUCCAUCAUCUUACUUAGAAAAUUAUAUUAAUAUAAUAACAAUCAAGUUUUAAUAAUUAUAAUAAAUUACCAAAAAUAGCAUUGUUCAUAAGUUUGUAGAAAUCUUUUUCGAAAUUACUAGCUGCCUUCUCCCUCAUCUCUGUGUUUAAGUUUAUGUAUUUUGUGAUACGUCAGGCUGCGCUAGAUUAGCUCAUGUAUAUUUCCCUUUUCUACUCGCCCUCUAACGGGGACGGUGGACACUAAGCGGUCCGAUCCCCCGUCACCCGCCUACCAUGUCGUUCGUGAGGCAUGUCCAAGGAAUUAGAAUGUGUAUAGAAUGGUCGCGCCACGAUAUGUGUUAAGACGUCCUUCGGUUUCUUUUAAAAAUGUCGCGUCACUGCAGUGCCAUUUACUGAAUAUUGUAGUAAACCAACUGCAUGAUGAUGUUCAUCAUCACAAAUUACAAUUCUAUAUACAAUACUACAACAUUACUAUUCUGAGCUACAACCGUGGACUUCUCCUUUCUAUGUCUUUAUUAUCUUUAACGGAUAUUUAUCAUGGUUAUAGAUCAGUUAUCUAUCUACCUCGAUAAAGCGGCUCUGUUAUCAAUUUUUGGUCUUAUCAUGAGUUCAGUUUAGAUUUCUUGAUAAAAUUAGUAACAAAUACUGUAAUAAUUAUUACUACUUACUACAUUUAUAGAAUUUAUUGGUAAUAUUAAAUUCUGAAUUCAAAUUAAUUGUUACCCAAGUACCGUAACAUAUUAUUAUUUCAAUGUAACGGUAAAGACUUGUAAUUUCAAUAUUACUUCUUUUUGAAUGUAAUAAGUAACAAACCAACAGAGAACUAAUUUCAUUUUCUACGACAUUACACACUAAGUACCUUGGUAUUUAUUAAUGUAGAUAAAGUAUUAUUUAAAUAUAAUGCAAUUUGUAAUGAACAUACUAUUAUAGGCGUUAUUGGAAAUCUUCAAAAAUAUUAGUGUAAUUAUGGCGAUUGAAGAGUUUACAAUAGCCGUGGUUUGUUCAAGCAACAUGAAUCGUAGUAUGGAGUCGCAUGCUUUUUUAAGGUACGUUAAGUUAAUUUACUACCUAUUUGAAUUGUUUAUACCAUGUAAAUAUAAAUAUUCUUAUAUUCCUAUAUUAAUAUAAACCCAAAAUAAUAGGCUCGGUUAAGCAUCAAUCUAUAACUUUUUCUUGGUUGUAGGCAUUUUAAGACCAUUUCAAGUCUAGCUUAGUUAUUUUACGUCCUUUUUAUCAAAUCUCCCAGUCUUUUCCCAGCCACUUUCUUGUAUACUAACUUUGUUCUAUCACUGCUUUUAUUAGUAUUUAAUUAUAGGUACAUUACUUAUCUAUAACAUUGUCACUAAACAUUGCUUCAUAAUCUUAAAGAUGUAUCUAGAUUAAAUAAUUUGUUUUACAAAUUGUUAGAAAUAUUCUAAUAGAAUUGUGGAUCUCAAAUUUCUCAAACAAUACUACUACUAUCUAAAAAUAAAAUAAAAUAAAAAUAUUGAAAUUAGGUUUAAUUGUUAAGACUUAUUGGUAAUUUAUAAAAAAGAUUAAGGAAAACAGGAAUAAGUUUAUUUUGUACAUCCUCAGAUUUCAAAUUUUUUUCAACACAUGUAUUUUUGAAUAUUAAAUACAAUGGUAUGUACAAUCAGAAUUUUUUGGUUGAACUUUCUUUCAAAUUUAUCACACCUUAAAGUCUGAUAUUAUGGUGUAAUGUGAUUGUUGAAAACAUUAAUUAGGUACUACAAAGUUUUUUCCAUUUUUUUCCAUUAGGCUCUGUCUUGCAUGUAUUAACAAACAAGUGUAUGGGCUUUAGUUUCUAUUCAACCGUCUGCAAGAAAGUAGUUAUUGUAUUUACCGUGUAGUUUUUUAAAUAAUUGAGAGAAAAUGUAAGAAAAACAGGAAACUGAAAGCUUGUAGCAUUAAUGGUUUAAUUACUUUUGAUUCUGUUUCUUUGUUGUCAUUCAGUUAAUAAUACUCAUUAAACUUCAAAAUUUUCAUAGAAUACUUAUUUUAGCCUUUUCUGGACAUGGUUUAUCUACCUAACUUUCAUCUACAUCAGUGGCACAUCUGUCGGGCAUAUUGGCACUUUCUCUUUCCUUUGAUUUUUUUAGUUUGUUCUUUUUAAUCUUUUCCCAGGGAUUCAUUGUUAUAUUAUUAUUGCCAUAGUAUGAAAAUUAUUUUAACAUGUGAUGAUUGAUUUACUGCUGGAUUUAGUCUGUUUAUUGAUAGGUAUAAAUCUGUAAUUUAUUAUAGUAAUAAUAACAUAAUCUUAUCAAUUAUCAUAUAUUUUUGUAUUUAUUAUUUUUUUUAGUUGAUUACUUGGAGAAUCAAUAUUUGACUGAAAUUUUCUGUUAUACAUAUAAUCACAUUGAAUUAUAUUAUAUUAUAAUUUAAUUCCUUUCUUUUUAAAUUUAAAUUUUGAUUUUUUUUUUUACAGUAAAAAAGGUUUUAAUGUUCGAUCAUUUGGAACUGGUGAUAAGGUGAAAUUACCUGGAAUGGCUCCUGACAAACCGAAUAUUUAUGAUUUUGGAUCUUCAUAUGACGAAAUUUAUAAAGAUUUAUAUAAUAAAGAUAAAACUUAGUAUCCUUUAAUUUAUAAUAAUUAGGUAAUAGAAAUGUAUACAUAAUUCUGAAUACGAAACAAAUAAAUAAAAUAUAAUAUAAACCAUAACUAAGACAAGGCUAACACUAAAAAAAAAGGGCGAGUGGCCACCUACAUAAUUCUGAAAUGUACAAAUGUGGAAUGUAUUAAUCUUGAAAAAUAACAAGAUCAGUUCACCAUUUUAAAUUAUUAUUUAGUGAUUUUAAGUUAAAAUGAAUAAACUUACUUCACAUAACUUGGUUGAACUUUGGUUUUUGGUUAACCCAUCAACGUCGAGAAUUAUUUAAGUUAAAACUUAGUACUUUUUGUACUACUCAAGAUUAAAAUACAUUUUUUUUAAAAAUUUAAAAAAAAUACAAUUUUUGAGAUUUAGUGUGGGUAUACCAUUGCCCAAUGGUUUUUACUCUCAAAAAAUGGUUUACUUCGUGAUUAAUUAGAUCUAAAAUACAACAAAAAAAAGUCACUUGUCUUUUUUUGAUUAUAGCAAUAUUUCUGAUAGAAAACAUAGUUUGUAAAAAUUAAAAACAACGAAAUUAGUAACGCAGCGGUGUGCUUUGAAUAUUUGCUGUUUUUCGAUAAUUAUAUUUUGGUUUUCUUAAUUAUUAUGAAAAACCCUUAAAAAAUCAAAAACUGACCUAUCUAAUGCACCAACUAUAUAAAGUUUCCUUUAAGAAAACGUGCUACACUUGAUACAUUGCAGCAAUAUUUCUGGUAGAAAAGUUGCUCACAGAUACAAACAAAAACACAGAUCAUAGUAAAAUCAAUAUAUCCCUCUAUGUUCCGAAUCUAAAAUAUAUAUUAAGUACUAUCUCAGUAAUUGGUCAUUUUUCAAAAAGCUAUAAUUUAUUUAAAAUAAGAAUUAGAUUAAUCAUUUCAUUUGUUAAAUUAUGAGUUCUAUUAAUAAACAAUAUUAUUUAAUUAUAAUAUUUAACUAAAAGUAUAGUGUUUAUAAUUAUAUUACAUUAUUCAUUAUGAAUAUAAUUGCUUUGAAAUUAUUGACAAAAAAGGUUGGCUGUGGUCUUGUUACAUUAACAAAUCUUUAGAUUUUUUUUUAAAUUUGUAUGGUUAAUUAUUUCUUUAACUAAUUUUUAUUUAGUUACACACAAAAUGGUUUGUUAAAUAUGUUAGAUAGAAAUCGAAGGAUAAAGCAACAUCCAGAAAGAUUUCAAGAGUGUAGCGAUCAAUUUACCGUAGUCAUUACUUGUGAAGAAAGAGUAUAUGAUCAAGUACUCGAAUGUAUGUUAAUAUUAACAAUUUAAUCAAUAUAAGGUAAACUAAUUGUAUCAUUAUAUUUUUGUGUUAAGAUUUUGAAAGUAUUCAAAACUUUGGCAAUAAGCCAGUGCAUCUUGUCAAUAUUGAUAUUCAAGAUAAUCACGAGGAAGCAACUCUUGGAGCUUUUCUCAUUUGCGAAUUAGUGUCAUUGGUGAGAUAAUAAAAUCAAAUAUUAAUAUAAUUUACUUUAUUUAGUAGUAUGUAUUUAAUUAUUUCAUAUUUAGUAGUUACUAUAAUUGACUAUUUAUUUCAAAUUUUCAUUUUUAUGUAGUGAUGUUGAGUUUUAUUUAGUUUCUAUCUAACUUUAACCAAAUGGAGUUAAACCAUUUAGUCUUUGAAAAUAUAAUAAGGACUAUUUGGCUUGGAAAUUAAUUCAAAUCAAUUUACAGUAUCUCAAAUAACUGUGCUUUAAAGUUAUUAUUUUUAUAAAUACAUAAAAUAAUUUAUCAUUUAAUUUUAGAAUUGGUCUAUUAUGUUGAUUAAUUAAAAUGAUUAUUCAAGUUUGUUUAAUGUGAUCACAGUGGCGGCUUUGAUAGGAUAUGUAUGACCAGUGUUAUCAUUAUAAUUUUAACACCAUUGAAGUAACACUGCAUAUAUUAACUACUACCAAUUCUAUGAUACACUGUUAGUUAGUAAUAUUAAUUUUCUGAUUGAUAAAAAUCUUUAUGCCCCCACUGUUAUUUUUAUCAUUUUUAAUAUAUUUGUCAAUAUGUUUGAAAUUACCAGGAUUUUUCAUAUUUAUUAUAUUUUAUUAAAUAAAAUAAAAUAUAUAUUAUAUAUAUUAUUACUAUGUUUCUAAAUAUUGUAUUAUUAUUUAUUAAAUAUUAUAUUUAGUAUUUUAUGUACUUUAUUGAUUUCUUUAAAAGUUAAAAAAUUUAUCUAUUUCAACAAGUUUUGAAAUAACAUUAUUUAUCCCUAACUAGAUUUUGUGAAAUAUAAUUUUUUUUUUUUGUCAAAUACCUUUCCUUUUUAACAUCUAUUGAUAUUAACCAAUUGUAUUUUAAUAUUUUUUCUUUUUCUUUUAGUUUGCCAGAAGUGAAGAUCUAGAUAAUGAUAUUGAUCAACUACUUGUUAAAUACGAAGAAAAAUGUCAACGGCCAAUUUUUCACUGUGUACUUUUCUAUUAAAAAAAAAUUGAAACUGUUUUUGCUUUGUGAAAACAUCAUAUUAAUUAAAAGUAUUUGUAUAUUAUAAAUAUGAUAUAAGGUUUAAUAUUUAGUUAAUAAUAAAAUUUCAUAUUUGUAAGUUUUUAAUUUAUUUAUUUAAAUUUUUUUAUUUUUUUCUAAUUAAUAAUUUUUAUUUUAUAGAUAGAAAUAUAUAGGAUUGUAAUACUACAUUCCUAGUGAAAUUACUUUUAAAGAACAUCACUAUCAUAAUAAGCUGGAGCAAAACCAUAUGUUCCUUUGCUCCACUCAGAAUCUACAAUUAUAUUACUUACGUUAACAAUUAUCAUAUUAUAAGUACUGAUGAUGAUGUUUUACUUGGGUAGCAAUUAAAAUUUGUUAAAAACUGAUAUGUUUCAAUAUAAUAAAAUAUUAAAUAAAAAUGUCU